CCGUCCCACCAAUAGGGAGAGCGCAGACGGGGCGAAAGGCGGCCACUUCCUGGAGACCACAGGUGUGAGAGCCCUCGCUGUGCCCCAAGCCGGACGGUCCGGGCUUCUGAAGCUGGCAGAGAAAUCCUUUCAUUCCCUAGAGUUUAGGGGAUCUGGCUUUUCGGGGGUUAAGAGGAAAUUGAGUUGGACUGCUGCUGACCCCUCAUUGUGGUAGGAUGAAUGUGGGGGUGGCACACGGCGAAGUAAACCCCAACACUCGAGUGAUGAAUAGCCGGGGCAUCUGGCUGGCCUACAUCAUCUUGGUAGGACUGCUGCAUGUGGUUCUACUCAGCAUCCCUUUCUUCAGCAUUCCUGUUGUCUGGACCCUGACCAACGUCAUCCAUAACUUGGCAAUGUAUAUCUUCCUACAUACAGUGAAAGGAACACCCUUUGAGACCCCUGACCAAGGAAAGGCUCGGCUUUUGACACAUUGGGAGCAGAUGGACUAUGGACUACAAUUUACCUCCUCCCGAAAGUUCCUUAGCAUCUCUCCUAUUGUACUCUACCUGCUGGCCAGCUUCUAUACCAAGUACGACGCUGCGCAUUUCAUCAUCAACACUGCCUCACUGCUCAGUGUACUGCUGCCUAAGCUGCCCCAAUUUCAUGGGGUCCGUCUCUUUGGAAUCAACAAAUACUGAUAAGUGGGUUGAGAGUUCUAUAGGCACUGAGGGAAGGCACUGGAACAAAGAGACAAUGGUUUUCCCUUGUCCAUACUAUCUUCUGUAUCUUGGAAGCCUGAGAUAUAGGACAAACCUGUCUAAACUCCAAGAAGGAAGAAGUUGUAACAUGGGGUUCCUGGGCCCAGCCCUAAUAGGGUCAAGAUUCUCUGAAUCAGGAAAGAGAUGAGGUUAAGGGCCACACCACUCUCCUCUGUACAGCAAGAAGCUAUCCACACUCGGGCAGUUUAUCUGGAGAUUAUGUUUUCCAAACGUACCACCUUCAAGUUCUGUUUUGCUGUAUAUUUUCCUUAAAAUAAAGUCUUUUCAGUUAUGACUGAAAUUUGAUAAGCAA